AAACAACAUGAGAGAAAUCGUCCACGUUCAAGCCGGACAGUGCGGAAACCAGAUCGGGUCCAAGUUCUGGGAAGUCAUCUCCGAUGAGCACGGAAUCCAGCCCGACGGAACCUUCAAGGGAGAAAGCGAUCUCCAGCUGGAGAGAAUCGAUGUCUACUACAACGAGGCCAACAAUGGCAAAUACGUUCCACGUGCAGUCCUCGUUGAUCUCGAGCCAGGAACGAUGGAUUCUGUGCGGUCCGGUCCUUUCGGACAACUCUUCAGACCAGACAACUUUGUUUUCGGACAAUCUGGAGCUGGAAACAAUUGGGCCAAGGGACAUUACACCGAGGGAGCAGAACUUGUUGACAACGUGCUCGAUGUGAUCCGCAAAGAGGCUGAAGGAUGCGAUUGUCUUCAAGGAUUCCAGCUCACACACUCUCUUGGAGGUGGAACCGGAUCCGGAAUGGGAACCCUUCUCAUCUCCAAGAUUCGCGAGGAAUUCCCAGAUCGAAUUAUGUCUUCCUUCUCGGUUGUUCCAUCACCAAAGGUUUCGGAUACCGUCGUCGAGCCGUACAAUGCCACCCUCUCUGUCCACCAGCUUGUUGAGAACACCGACGAGACUUACUGUAUCGAUAACGAGGCUCUCUACGAUAUCUGCUACAGAACUCUAAAGCUCACCAACCCAACAUACGGAGACCUGAACCAUCUCGUGUCUCUCACAAUGUCUGGAGUGACUACCUGCCUCCGCUUCCCUGGACAGCUGAACGCUGAUCUUCGCAAGUUGGCUGUCAACAUGGUUCCAUUCCCACGUCUUCAUUUCUUCAUGCCUGGAUUCGCUCCACUCUCCGCCAAGGGAGCUCAGGCUUACCGUGCAUUGACUGUCGCCGAGCUUACUCAACAAAUGUUCGACGCCAAGAACAUGAUGGCUGCUUGCGAUCCAAGACACGGAAGAUACCUCACCGUUGCUGCUAUGUUCCGUGGACGCAUGUCCAUGAGAGAGGUUGACGAGCAGAUGCUCAGUGUCCAGAACAAGAACUCCUCGUACUUCGUUGAAUGGAUUCCAAACAACGUCAAGACUGCUGUGUGCGACAUCCCACCACGUGGACUCAAGAUGGCUGCCACCUUCGUCGGAAACUCCACUGCUAUCCAGGAGCUCUUCAAGCGUAUCUCGGAGCAAUUCACCGCCAUGUUCCGCAGAAAGGCCUUCCUUCAUUGGUACACUGGUGAGGGUAUGGACGAGAUGGAGUUCACCGAGGCUGAAAGCAACAUGAACGACUUGAUCUCGGAGUACCAACAAUACCAGGAAGCUACCGCCGAAGACGAGCCACUCGACGAGUUCGCCGGAGAAGGGGAGACAUACGAGUCUGAGCAAUAAUCUGUGUAUCAAUCACUAAAUUAUCCUGCCCCGUUUCGUAAUUUCCUGUACAAUGAUCUUUUCUUUCGCCCACUCCCAAUAUUUUUAUGACUCGAAUGAACGAUGAUUAAUUU